UUAGUUCUGAGCGAGUUGGUAGCUCUGCAUGCUUUUGUAACAUUGCAUCUUGUUUUAAACAAAUUGACUUCGGCUUAAUUUAAGCAUGUUGUGCACACGCGCAGCAGCGAGGUUAGCCACUGGUUUAACAACAACAUUGCAGUUGAGGCAACACACAUCUACAUUGUACAACAAACAUCAUGUGGCGGCAGCAGCCGCUAAAGCAAUUCAGCAGUGCCGGCUGUGCUCCACUGGGGUUGUGGACAAGGCAACCAAACAACAAACCACAACAGCCGAGGAUGGCAGCAUAUUGAAACGUGUGCUUACAAAAGUCGGUUUUGCGCCCAACACAAAAGCCCGCCUCAAGGUGACCAGCCAUCUACUGUACGAGAGUGUGGCGGAUAAGAUCAACUAUGUGGCAUUCUUUCGAGACUUUCAGCUGCCCAACACGUUCAACUCCUGGUUUCUGGUCACUGAGCUGCAUGUAUGGUUGCUGUUGAUGCGCUCUAUGGCCGAGGGUUCGGAGACAGGUGAAGAUGGACGCUUUUUAAGGAACUGCAUAGUUGAGGCAAUGUGGGGCGAUGUCAACACACGCGCCAAAAAGUUGGGAGCUAAUAAUCCUUCACGUACGAGGCAACAAAUUGAGACGUUAUCGGAACAGUUUCAAGCUGCGCUCAUUGCCUACGACGAGGGCAUCAUGUCCGAUGAUCGGGUGCUCGCUUGUGCCUUGUGGCGUCGGUUCUUUGAGAUGGAGUGCGAUAAUUACGCUCAAAUCGAGCGAUUGGUUAAAUAUGUGCGUAUGCAGACCGUCAUGCUUGACAGCUUGACGCGGGAACAGUUCAUCGUGAAGCCAAAGAUUGCUUGGCAUGAUUUGGACAAGUGUAAAAUCGACGCAUAGGGGCAAUGUUCUUUUAGUUUUGUUUAUUAAAGUCAAAUUAUACACA